UGCCUUUGACCUUUCUAGUCACAGUUGAGUUUAAAUCUUUUCACCCAAAAAUGAACAGGUACGACAAGGCUCUUUACGAUGUUGUGGACAGCAUGCUGGCUGCGAGGAAGUGUGUGGUGGAGGACCAGCAGAUACGCCAUCAACUGGUGGAAUUACUGCGAAAUAAGUUGUGCGAAAUCGCCGUUCAGACAACCAAUGGGGCCAACCAUGCCGGUCGCACUUCGGCCUCUUACUUCGAUCUGGAGCGGGCCUUCCGGCUGAUGGGCAUCGAAGCGGGCGACCUGAAGUCUGUGAAGGAAGGCUACCCGCCGGUGAAGGCGGUACGCUGCCCGGCUCCACGCACGCAGCAGCAGAAAAUCUGCAGAGGUCCGAAGCGCAUGCUGACUGCUACUCCUAAGAAGGAAAUGGCCAAACUUUCCUACGUCCCCGACUACUUACCCCCAUUUCCGCCGGCCCACACCUACAAGGGCACUCUGAUGGAAAAGCGCCCGAACAAGACCUAUGUCACGGCUCGUAUUUGCCAGUCCGGGAAUCAACAAGGUCUGAAGAAAGCCCUCAACGGAUUCUUCUUGAACGCGUAUCCGAGCACCCCGAUCUUUCCCAAGUUCGAGGGGGAUACCAAGUUCAAUCUCCUGGAAAUAGGCACGUCGCAGACCCCGCCCUACCUGCGCGCCCUGAAGCCGCGAGACCAAAUCUUUGAAACGGACAUCUACGAGGUCAAGGAGGAGAUCACCCAUGAAUCUCUCAACUGUCCCUUCCUGAUGGAGCCAAAGUUGAAGAGUUCACGCCAAUCCGGCCAACUGGGCUGCGGGGAGGAUGUCGAGAUGCUGCAGCCUCUGAAAAACGUGGAGCUGGAGUCUGACUCGGAAGACGAGGUCGAGGUCGAAAGGACGGAGGCGAAGGAUGGCCAGGACGAGACCGGGACCGAGCCAAAGGAUGGCCUGGCUGAGGACUCCGUUGAGGAGAUUAACUGGCUGCAGCCCGACUGAGGGACUGCGAAUUCCCCGAGUUGCCCGGCAAACUGAAUUAAACUGCAACUCGGAGAUAGCCGGCACACGAAAUGUUUCCAUUACAGAGACUCCACGAAAAAGUGUGAGAAAAAUUAAUUUAUUUCAAUUACAUUUCAUUAAGGACUGCCA